CAGAAGUGCAAGUUGUUGGUGUUAAACAAAGUCGUGAGAGCGAGUGAUGGAGGUGUGCAGGCAGUAAUGGCAGCAGGUCUGACUGAAUAGACUGAUGGACACAUGUACUUGAGAGAGGGAGUGUUCAAGUUGAUGAGAAGAAGCAGUUUGUUAAAAAGCAAGUGAAACUUUGGACACUGACUGUAGCUGGAAUAUGGGUGAGUCCAGUAUCUGCCAAGUGAGGGCGACAGUCAUGAUGUAUGAUGACGGCAACAAGCGUUGGGUGCCGGCGGGAUCUGACAGUCCUUCCUUCAGCCGCGUCCAGAUCUAUCACAACCCUGCAGCCAACACCUUCAGAGUGGUGGGCCGCAAAAUGCAGGCCGACCAGCAGGUGGUGAUCAACUGUCCCAUUAUCAAAGGGAUAAAGUAUAAUCAAGCCACACCAAGCUUCCACCAAUGGCGGGAUGCUAAACACGUGUGGGGGCUGAACUUCAGCAGUAAAGAAGAUGCUACUCUUUUUGCCAACUCCAUGAUGCAUGCAUUAGAGGCUCUCAGUGCACCAGCAGGCACAGGCCCGGCUCAGAAUGGACCCUCUGCCCAGGAGCUGGAACAACAGAAAAGACUGGAGCAACAGAGGCAGGAACAGCAGGAGAAGGAGCGCCUGGAGAAAGCCAGGCAGGCCUCCGCUGCCGUGUCUGCUCCACCCGCCCCAGCUGCCCCACCGGCACCCCCACCACCUCCAGGGCCGCCACCUUCCUCAGGACCGUGCCCACCUGCACCUCCGCCACCACCAGCUGGGGGUGGGGGUGGACCUCCACCUCCGCCUCCACCUCCACCUCCACCACCUGGGGGUGGAGGUGGAGGUGGAGGUGGAGGUGGAGGUGGAGGCGGAGGCGGAGGCAGAGGUGGAGGCGGAGGUGCAAAUGAUCUUGCUGCAGCUCUGGCAGGAGCCAAACUACGUAAAACAGUCAAGGAUGAGGGAGGAGCAGGAGCCCCACCCCCCAAACCAGCACCCUCAUCUGGUGGAGGUGGAGGAGGUUGUCUCAUGGGAGAAAUGAGUGCCAUCCUUGCUAGAAGGAGGAAAGCUGCUGAUAAUCCUGCUGAGAAAAAGGUGGAACCUCCCAGUGAGGAUUCAGACUCUUCAACAUCAAAAUUCUCAGGACCAGCAGAAACCAAUGGAAAGCCCAAAGAACAAUCUGCCACCAUUCCAAGGCCCAAAUCCUUAACCAACAAUCAAAAGGACUCCAGUCCCAGCUCCUCCACAUCCUCCUCUAACUUCACCACUAACCCAGUGUCCAGAAUGAAGGUGGUAAAAAAGAACUCCGACGGUGCGGGAAGUGAUAUUGAUAUGGAAAAAAUCAAACAGGAAAUUAUUGAAGAGGUGAAAAAAGAACUUCAAAAAGUGAAGGAGGAGAUUAUCACAGCACUGAUCCAGGAGCUGCAAAUGCAAAAGGGUGAAGACUCUUGAAGACUUCAAGAGAAUAAUAGAUAUGAAUGUUUCAUCGUGCAUGAGAAAUUGUGUUUCAUUGUUUCUUCUUCAUAUGUUCGCAGAAGAGCUCAAUGGAUACUGGAUUUUUUAAGGCAAAUACAGAUAUUGAUAUUUAUAAGUAAACUGAAUCUGGUUAAGAUAUGUUGGCUGAUGUUAAUUUUUUUUUAAAUGAAGACAUAAUAUUCACAAUAAUAUUUGAGAAGAAUAUCUCAUGUUUGUUCGGAUUUUCUUCCUUUUUUUUUUUGGUUUGGUUUGGGUUUUUUUUUUAGAGAGAAUUGUGGUUACAGUGUGUACUAAACCUCUAAAUAAAAAAAAAAA